AUGGCGGUGGAGGAAGCUAUGGAGGAGGACGACGAUCCAGAGGUGGAGGACAUGGAGGCGGUGGUGGCUACGGGGGUGGAAGGCGGUCUUCAGGUGGCAGAAAGCGUGGAGGUGGCAGAAAGCGUGGAGGAGGCGGGAGGUCGAGAGGAGAAGCUGGUGAUAGUGUCGAUGAGCGUUGCCGUCCUGGUGGCCUCCAGUUGUGCUGAACCUGAAGUGAGUUCCUUCUCCACCUCCUCUAUCGCAGGUGGAGGCUUUGGGCUCUCGAGCCCGAGCAUCGGAGGAAGCUUCGGAUCAUUUGGUGAAGGAUCACGUCACGGUUCCUUUGGAGGAGUUGGUGGAGGCUACGGUUCCGGAAGCGGCGCCACGAGUCAUUCCAUUUUCAACCUUGGAGCGUCCCAGGGUGGAUAUGGAGGAAGCUUUGGACAUGGAGGAUCCUCUAGCCUAGGUUUCGGUGGCAGUUCUCUAGGUGGUUAUGGUGGCAGCUCCCUUGGUGGAGGUUUCGGUGGCAAUUCGUUUGGUCGAGGAUUUGGUGGCAGUGGUCACGGUGUCAGCUCCCUGGGUGGUUUUGGUGGUAACUCCCACGGCAGUGGUUACAGUGGCAGCUCCUUAGGGGGAGGAUUUGGUGGCAGCUCCCUGGAUGGUUUUGGUGGUAGCUCCCUCGGCAGUGGUUACGGUGGCAGCUCACUUGGUGCAGGAUUCGGUGGCAGGUCCCUGGGUAGUUUUGGUGGCAGCUCAUUUGGUGGAAGAUUCGGUGGUGGCUCUACUGGCAGCAUCGGAGCAUCGUAUGUAAAUAAAUAAAUAUAAAAACUGCACAACAUAAAACCUUAAUGAGAUAAGGAUAUCUUCAAUAUUGAAUUUAUAUUUUUCGAGCACUCCAAACUCCAGUUUCCAGCACUCAGAAGUCAACAGUCCAACACUCAGAAGUCAACAUUCAAUCACUCAGAAGUCAUAAUUCAAGCACUCAGAAAUACACUUUCGAGUGAAAUUAUCUUCAAUGAAAAUUAGUCUCAGUAGGUAUGAAAGAGACAUCAAAAUAUAAACAGUAACUCCAUAAGCUUUAUAUGUUAAUCACAGACGGAUUUUAUAUAUAAUUUUUCAUAUUUGAGCACAAAAUAUGUUAUCAAAAUAAAAACAAAUAAAUAUAACUAUAAA